UAUAGCGGUCGGCAUCAGGCAAGAUUCAAAGGGAUCUUGGGCAGGCGAAGAAGACGGUGGAGCCGGAAAAUGCCCUAAAUCGACAAUUGACACAGUGGCCAGAAAUUCAACGGUCACUCACUUGAAGCUCUCGUUUGUUCUCCUCAACUUCUACCCGUUGCCCCGCUUAGUGUCCUUUAUAUAUUUAUACAUAUAUAUUUCAUUUCUUUUGAACCUGUCCCCUGACUCGAGCAAAAGGGAGAACAAAUCCUGCUUUACCACCGCCGCCGCCGCCAUGUGUGGAAUUCUCGCCGUGCUGGGUUGCUCCGAUACCUCCCUUGCCAAGAGGUCCCGAAUCAUCGAGCUUUCACGCAGGUUACGACACAGGGGCCCAGAUUGGAGUGGUAUACAUUGCUAUCAGGACUGCUAUCUUGCUCACCAAAGGUUGGCAAUUGUGGAUCCUACUUCGGGCGAUCAGCCUCUUUACAAUGAGGACAAGUCGAUUAUUGUCACGGUCAAUGGGGAGAUUUAUAAUCACGAGGAGCUGAGAACAAAGCUCGUGUCUCAUCAAUUCAGAACUGGCAGCGAUUGUGAAGUGAUUGCUCAUCUUUAUGAAGAUUAUGGGGAGGAUUUCGUGGACAUGUUGGAUGGAAUGUUCUCUUUUGUUCUCCUUGAUACUCGUGAUAAAAGCUUUAUUGCUGCGCGUGAUGCCAUAGGCAUCACUCCUUUGUACAUGGGUUGGGGUCUUGAUGGGUCAGUUUGGUUUGCUUCAGAAAUGAAAGCCUUAAGUGAUGAUUGCGAACGAUUUAUUUCUUUUCCUCCUGGUCAUAUAUAUUCUAGUAAAAAGGGAGGACUUCAAAGAUGGUAUAAUCCGCUUUGGUUUUCAGAGUGCAUACCAAAAACUACUUAUGAUCCAAUAGCUUUGCGACAAGCAUUUGAGGAGGUACAUGGUUUUUUCCUUUUCCCUUGUUACUUCUGCAUAGCAUAA